UUAUCUGCGUCUGUUAUUCCUAAGUGAUUUCUUCUUUAGACUUCCUUCUCUGCAUAAAUGGCGUCGGUAAAGAAGCACGUUGCGGGGCUCGCGAGAUUCAUGAAGAUUCUCUGGGAUUGAAGUCGUUGUGUCGUCACUGUGAUUGUGAUUUCUGCAUAUUAGCAGAUUUUGUUUGUUAAGGGGAUUAGUUUUGAGGAAGAGGAUGAGGAAGAAGAUGGUUGCAUCGGGAAGGACAACGUUGCUAGCCGCGGUAGCUGCUAUGGUUCUGAAUGCUGCAGUUCUGUGCAGUGGAGGAAUCACGAGCAGUUUUGUGAGGAAGGCUGAGAAGACCGUUGAUAUGCCCCUCGAUAGCGAUGUCUUCGAGGUACCUCCAGGCUACAAUGCGCCACAACAGGUGCAUAUUACUCAAGGAGAUCAUGUAGGUAGAGCAGUAAUUGUAUCGUGGGUUACUGUAAAGGAGGCAGGCUCAAACACUGUUCUGUAUUGGCCUGAGAAUAGCGACCAAAAGAAUGUGACACAAGGGACUUUGACCAAGUACAAAUAUUACAAUUACACUUCUGGAUACAUACACCAUUGCACCCUAAAAAAUCUGACGUAUAAUACCAAAUACUACUAUGAGGUUGGAAUUGGGAACACAACAAGAACAUUCUGGUUCAUCACACCUCCACCAAUUGGCCCAGAUGUUCCAUAUACUUUUGGUCUUAUAGGGGAUUUAGGCCAGACUUUCGACUCCAAUGCGACGCUUACGCAUUAUGAGCACAACCCAAUCAAGGGACAAGCCGUGCUGUUCGUUGGCGACCUCUCAUAUGCCGAUAACUAUCCUAACCACGACAACGUUAGAUGGGAUACAUGGGGAAGAUUUGUCGAGAGAAAUGCAGCCUAUCAACCCUGGAUUUGGACAGCAGGAAAUCAUGAACUUGAUUUUGCUCCAGAAAUUGAUGAAACAGAGCCCUUCAAGCCUUACACUCACCGUUAUCACACCCCUUACAAAGCGUCGGGCAGCACCAAACCGCUUUGGUACUCAAUCAAGAGAGCUUCGGCAUAUAUCAUAGUCUUGUCAUCGUAUUCUGCAUAUGGUAAAUACACUCCUCAAUACGAGUGGCUUAUAAACGAGCUCCCGAAAGUUAACAGAUCCGAGACACCAUGGCUUAUAGUUCUUGUGCAUUCUCCAUGGUACAACAGCUACAAUUAUCACUACAUGGAGGGAGAAUCCAUGAGAGUCAUGUUCGAGCCAUGGCUGGUCCAGUACAAAGUCGACGUAGUUUUUGCAGGCCAUGUCCAUGCUUACGAGCGAUCUGAGCGCGUGUCGAACAUUGCUUACACUAUUGUAAACGGAGCGUGCUCCCCGGUGAGCGACCAAAAUGCUCCGAUUUAUGUCACCAUUGGCGACGGGGGAAAUGCCGAAGGCCUGGCCAACAACAUGACGGAGCCACAGCCGGAGUACUCGGCGUUCCGGGAGGCGAGCUUCGGGCACGCCAUGUUUGAGAUCAAGAACAGGACACAUGCUUACUACAGUUGGCAUCGAAACCAGGAUGGAUAUGCCGUGGAAGCUGAUCGAGUUUGGUUUCUCAACAGAUUCUGGCAUCUCAUUGAUUGAUUAUUAUUCUUUAUUGUUGGUUGAUGUAUUGCAUAAAAGAAUCUGCUCUUUAUUUACUCUUAUUAUAGAUAAAUUAUACAUUGUUAUAAUAUGGAAACUAUAAGUAUAUAAGCUCUACUAAAUUGAUGUUAUUUCUCUAAAAAGUAAGCACUUAUGGAAAAUCACACAUCUUUAAAA